AUGUCUAACAUUGCUAAAUUAGUGAAGAAGGUUUUAGAAGCAGUUGUGAAUAACCAACUUAUUGCUUUACAUGAUAUGUUGAUGAAAUCAACUUUAGAUUCGAUAUUCAAGGUUGGAUUCAGAUUUGAUCUCGAUACUUUAUCAGGAUUAGAUGAGGGAGAUAAAGACGAUGAUAUAUUAUCUAGAUUUUUAAUCGAAAGCGAGCAGAAUCCUAGAAAACUGAGUGAUGAGUACUUGAGAGACAUAUCGCUAGGAAAUGUUGCCCUUGAAGCGAAAGAAGCCACUGGAUCAUCCGACUAUACAAACUCCAUCCAUGAAUUCUCCCUAAAAUUAACCGAAUCCGCCCUUGACAAAAUGCACUAUCUUCAGGCAGCUUUAACCGAGACUCUUCAAGUUCACUGCAUUUCAAGAUCUAACCUGUAUGAAGGAUGGAAUAUGUGGGCUUGA